CCCGGAACGGCGGUUCGCCCACCUAAUUAUACGCAUCACGCGCCUAUAAAGCCAACCCGCCCGGCGAGGCGAGACAGCCCCUGGUCUAGUCUUAUCCGCCUCUCGCCCCCAGCCGCGUGCGCUCCACGCCUCCUCUCCUCGCCAGGGAAGAGAAAGCUUCUUAAAAACCAAUAAAUCAAAGCGUGAUCAGCUUGGUGCCAAUCAAACCUCAACAACCAAGUUUCAUGUCUGAUCUCGACGUCCAGCUUCCAUCUGCCUUUGACCCGUUUGCUGAGGCAAAUGCUGAGGACUCUGGUGCUGGCCCGGGAACAAAGGAUUAUGUGCAUGUGCGCAUCCAGCAACGCAACGGCAGAAAGAGUCUGACUACUGUUCAGGGACUGAAGAAAGAGUUCAGCUACAACAAGAUCCUCAAGGAUCUCAAGAAGGAAUUCUGCUGCAAUGGUACUGUAGUCCAGGAUCCAGAGCUAGGCCAGGUCAUUCAGCUCCAAGGCGAUCAGCGUAAGAAUGUCGCCACUUUCCUAGUUCAGGCUGGGAUUGCAAAGAAGGAGAACAUCAAAAUUCACGGGUUCUAAGGGGCCUGUAAAUGCUUGUGUGCGUAAUUGCGCCCUACCGCAUAUUCGGAAGCUUGAAGCAGUGAUAUUAUAGUUACUGCUUUCUAUAAGAACAUAAGUAUUGUGCUAUUAUCAUUGUGUUCUGCUUGAUGCAAGUUGUGUUUUCUCCUGAUUAUGCGCCACCAGCAUAUGGGUAUGGCAUGUAUGGAAUAUUGUUGCCACCUUAAUAAAAGUACUCUCUGUAUAACUAUAAUGCUUGA